UCAGUAACGCAGCUGGACGUGCGCGCAGGUCUCGCCUGUAGAGAGAUGGACUGAAACCUGUAACCGACACCUCACUGACAGUGUUUUUAACGACAGCGACCGCAGCGAGCUCGACUCUGUGCUACAGUGGAGGAAAUGCCUUCUCCGAAAGCCAGAAGCGGCGGUGUGGGCGGGAGCAGCGGGCGGUAUGAGUUUAUGUCCCUGAGCCGCUCGCCUCCUCCGCCGGCUCUGCAGCGCCAGGGCUCGGACCCCACAGCGGCGCGCCUGCGGGCGGCGGACAGCCCGACCCGGCGGAGGGGCUCCGGCUCCUCCACCGCCUCCACGUCCUCCACCGGCGGACAGCAGCUGCCGGAAGAAGACUGUAUGCGGUUGAACCCGUCCAUUCUCGGCAUAGCGCUCAGCUCCCUGCUCGCCAUAGACCUGUGGCUGUCCAAGCGACUCGGCGUGUGUGCCUGCGAGGACUCAUCAUGGGGAAGCGUCCGGCCGUUAAUGAAGCUGGUCGAGGUCUCCGGACACGGAAUACCGUGGCUGGUCGGUGCCGCGUACUGUUUAUACAAGAGCGACAGCGCCGCGGGGCAGGAGGUCAUGCUCAACCUGCUCAUGGCUUUGGUGUUGGACCUAGUGCUGGUGGCCAUAGUUAAAGCCGUGGUGCGUCGCCGACGUCCCGCCCAUAACCGCAUGGACAUGUUUGCCACAUUCUCAGUGGACCGUUACUCCUUCCCGUCAGGCCACGCCACUCGUGCCGCUAUGUGUGCCCGCUUCCUGCUGGCUCACCUCGUCCUGGCCGCCCCACUCCGUGUUCUCGUCCUGCUCUGGGCAGCCUUCGUGGGUUUCUCCCGGGUCCUCCUCGGACGCCAUAAUGUGACGGACGUAGCAUUCGGCUUCUUCAUGGGCUACUGCCAAUACAACCUGGUGGAGGCACUGUGGUUGUCACCUGUCAUGCUGCAAAGCAUGGUGGGACAGCUGGAGUGAAACGCAGGUGGGCUGGGGUAGAAAACAGUAAAGAGAGUCCUUUCCAGAAAAGUAAACUUCUGACUGUUUGAGGACCUCGUUUGAGAGUUUGAAAUAACUGGGCUGUUGCUGGCCUUUUGGUAGUAAUAUAUCAUGUCAUGUCUUGUUAUUUGUGAGUUUUGAAAAGUGUCAGUCUACUAAAUAAAUAUAAAUGUAUUGUUUAGUCAUUCAUCUGCAAGGUGGGUCCAAGGGGAACCUUAUUGAAUCAGGUAUUUUAAUAAUAAUUGUUCGGAGGUUUAGAAAAAAAAUUGAUUUGAUGAGUUGAGGACAGGGUCAACAGUCUUAUCUGCUAAGAGCCAGUGUGGUUGCAGGCUUUUCUUCUGACCAAUAAAACACCUAAUCUCACAUAACUAAUCAGUCAAGUCCAACUGCUUAAAUAUGAGGAAUCAGCUUGAUUUGAAUAAAAACCUGCUUCCAAACAAGCACUUUGUGGAUAAGAUUGAAGACCUUUGUAUCAACAGAAAGGAUGACCUGUAUUUUUUGAUGCUGCUGUGUGACAUCACUGUUUGUUCACCAUCACCUACAAAAAAAGGCAACUUCUCAAAAGCAGCUUGAGCCUUGAGAAGAGUUUAAAAUCAAUAACAGCGUACUUGCAAGUCUAGCCAUGUAAACAUGUUGUCUUUCUCCAUUUGCACUUAACACCUGCCAGACAUUUUGCUGUAUUUUUUACAAAAUUGAUGUAGAGAACAAAAGAUCUGAUGAGGAAGCAAAAGAUCUGAUGUUCAUUAUUUGAAUGUUUAAAUAUGGUGACGGGGACCCGUAUGUUAAAUAUCGUGUAGUGUUUCGUUUUUUUCUAACAAAAGGAUUUGGGGUCAUGCAGGGCGCCUCAGCCACUGUCCUUUCUACAGAGAAAGCUGUUGAGCCAUACUGUGCCCAUGUGGGACCACUAAUGAUUUAUGAAGCAGGCUAUUUUAUUUUUCAUUCAUAUUUUAUGCUUCUUCUUGUCUCACUGGAAUGUCUAAAGUUCAUUUGGCAUUUCUAAAGCCAUGAACAGUCUUUUAAAUUGAAAUUACUUUUUACAGUUUUUACACUUCCAUCCAGCUUUGCCUUUUUCAUAUCUUUGUAUGGCAGGUUUUUUAAAUGGAUCUUGGUCACAGCUGUGAGAGAAUUUAUUUCACAGUUGUUUCUCAAAAUGAGAGUUGAAGUUUGUUGUUUUUUUUCCAUAACAAUAAGAUGUGACUGUUGAACAAAGUUCCCUUAAUUUUUUGUGUGAAUGUGUACUGAUUUGCUGAAAUAAGAAGUCUUGUUAUGUAUGCAUGCACUUGAGUAAAGAUAAGGCGAUGUGAUUGUCUUUCAGUCCUUUGGCGCAGGAGUGGGCAAUAUGGCGAUAUUACAUCAUAAGUUAGUAUACGCAAUGCUGCACUUUUCUGAUCUUAUUAUAGAUACUAUCUGUGCUUCCACAACACUGGCCAACUGCAUGUGUGAUUCAAAAUAGGUUUACACUGCAACAAUGCAGGUUCAGCAGUGGCCUCUUACUCAGAAAACCUUCGAGAUACAGGUAAUAACCAAUUAGAGUGGAUGUUUUAGAUUACAGCUGUCUCACCUACAACACAAGCAGAGCUUUCACACUGCACAAGUCUGUCCCAAAUGCAUGUGUUCAAACUAAGCACCCUCGAGAUUUCUUGCCCUACAGGUGUGAACAUUACUGAUGCCACCAGAGUGUGGAGAUUGAGGAAAACCCCAGUGCCGUUUGGGACUGGGCUACAGUGUCAUUGAUUCUUAUGAAACAUCAAUAGAUAUGACUGCCAAUGGUGCCCCCUUGUGGAGAAAUGUCAGCUUGCUAAAUGUGAGAAUAUUUGUACUGUUGCAUUUUGUUGCAAGCAAUUCAUCAGACCCCAAAAGAACAUCCUAGCUAUUGUGAUGCAUGUUGUGAAGAUGUCUUCAAGUAAUGUGACGUUAUACGUAUGCCGUAUUGCCCACUCCAUCUUUAGCAUUAUAUAGAAUACCUGAAGAUCAGAACUAAUGAUGGAGCUACUGCUGGAUUAUAGAUCUUUUUAUUGCACUUUUAUUAAUGUUAUUCUGUUACUGGGGAAGAGUACUGUGAGUAAUUUGGUUGAGCACUUUGCACUGGAGUCACAAAAAAGUCUGUUUUAUAGAGGUGCUACGUUUGUUAGUGUUGGUUUUUCAACUUGACAGCACCGUGUAAGGCCUUAGCUAUAGAAAUAGGUCUAAUUUCAUUUUAGCAGUGUGUGUGUGUGUGUUUGAGAGAAAUAGAAAGACACGCACAAUUUUAUACCCCUCAGGCUGGAGCAAUAUUAAGAACCUUCUCCCACAUUGAUAAUUUAGCAGAGGAGCAGUUCAGUGAUGCUCUCGUUCUCCCCAAAGCCAUAAAAAAAUGAAGCAUUUAAUUACAGCCUCUUUAUAUCUCCCUUCACUGUCAUAGAACACACAUCACACCAUCUGUGGCUCUCAGACCCCUGUCCUCUCCUCGUUUCUCUUUUUCCCUUUCUGUCCCUUCUGCUCCUUCUCGCUUUCUCCACCUCUGCAUUCCUCAUUUCCAGCUGCAGGAUGCAUUAGCUUAUGUAACGUUUCAGAUGCUGCUGUUGGGGUCGACCAGUUACAGUGUGGUCAUUUAACAGCAAACCUUACUGAACACUAAAGAGCAUAGUAUGCUAUCUGUGUAACGUAUCUAGUAGAGAGGUAACCUGUUGCCUUUGUGAUGGUGCAUGUCUUCAGUGGAAAGUCAUUCCUGUUGAUGUGUUUGUGGUGAUUUUGACUAUUUUGUCUUCUUUUUGGCAAUAACAGAUAUUUCCAUUACUCAGUCAAUCAUUGGUUCUGCAGUAUGAGAGGAAGAAAAAAACAAAGGCUCACCAAAGGUUUAUUGUUCUCUUUGAAUUGCAAUAAUUUAUGUGGUGUUUUCCAGUGGAGAGUAUCAGUUGAGAUUUAGGGCCUGUUUCCACAUACCUAAGAAUGCUGUUUCUGAAUCAGUCUUGCUGUUAAAACUGCUGUAGCUGUAACCAGUUCAGACUGCAACUUAUCUGAUCCCAGAUCAGCGUCCCUAUCCUGUGACGCACAGGUUCCCAGUUUUGGUCCCAGAGGACCCCUGUCCUGCACAUUAUAGUGUUUUUCUGCUCUAACGCACCCACUCCAGUUCCUCAAGGGCUCGUUAAUUAGUUCUUUAGUUGGAUUAAGUGUAUUGGGAGCAGAAAGCACACUAAAAUAUGCAGUUCAAGGCUACACCAGGGUUAGGAACCAGUGCUUUGAUGCUUUGUGAAUAGAGACAUAGGGGUAAUUCACAUAGCAGAAUUUCUCAGUUUAGCUGGAUAACUUGUGCAAAACAUAAGGAUUGUCCAGCUGCAAUAUCUUUUAUGUCUUAUACUGCUCAAGUGUGACUUUUGACUGAAGUUAACUGGCUAACUGAGAAAUCAUGCUUUGUGAAAGUGUUUUUAAUAUGACUUCAUCUCUGUGAAUCCACCAGCUAAUCAAAGUAAAUGUAAAAAAUAUAAUCUAGAGUUUGACUGUUGUAUAAUGUAAAAUCACUUACCUACAUUAAAAAAAAUCCCAUAAAGGUAUAUUGCUAGUAUAGAGUGUGAUGUGAUGUAUAUUCUGAACUCAUGACGUGAUUGUAUUUUCUAAAAUAAACACAGAGAUGAUGAUGU